AUGGAAGAUAAUACUUAAACUUAUAAUAAGAUGACUCAACAAUCUUAAGAUCCAUAUUUUACAAUCAUUAAUUACACUGACUGUUUUAAAGUAAUUAGACUGAAGUUUCAUUUAGAAUUCUUAUAGAUAUUUAAUGAGACUAUUGGAGGUGAACCAAUAAUAUUUAGGAGGAAUGAUACUGGAGAAAAGAUCGCUUAAGUCUUGGUUAUUGACAAAAAAUCUUGCAAAAUCUUUGAAAAAGAUUAUGAGUAUUAAGAUUAAAUGGAUGUACGCUAGAUGACCAUAAAUGGGGUUAUUGGUAUCAUUAAUAUAAUGGGGUAUAAUUAUCUUGGCCUCAUAAAGGAGAGAGAAUACGUAGGCUAAAUGAGCGGUAGCAAUAUCUACAAAAUUAAAGACUCUAUUUUGAUUCCAUUUCAGGAUAGCAAUAUCUUGAUAGGGAAUAAUCAGGGUAAGAAAAAUCAGUUGAAUAACUAUAUCAUAUCCUGCUAAAAACUACUAAAUUCUGGCUUUUUCUUUUCCUAUGGAUGUGAUAUCACUUAAAGCUAAAGAAGUAUCAUUAAGAUUUAAUAGGAGGACUCUUUAUAACAAAGCUUAAGGUAGAAUUGGGAAAUAGAUGGAGAUAAAAGGUAUAUUUGGAACUAUUAGAUAAGCUAGGAUUUCAGACAUCAUAGAGUUAACUCCAAAUGGAUCGUGCCCAUUAUUCAAGGAUAUGUUGGCUAUCAUUUAUUUGCUCAGAUCUAACCUAAAUUAGAGCUAUUGCUGAUUUCAAGAAGAGCACAGUAUAAUGCAGGAACUAAGGCAUACAAUACUGGAUUAAAUGAUGAAGGGGAUUGUGCAAAUAGUUCCAGCAAAGACUACAAUGAAUCCUUGUUCUUGAGUUUACUAACUAGAUAGGAUCAUUGGGAAAAUUAACUUAAAAUAGGAAUUGAAGACCUAUUUGAUUUAGCGAGAGAUGAUAAGAUAAAAAAUGUGCACUAUGACUUCAAGGCAGAACUCAUAAAUGAUAUAUAAGGCACCUUUCAGAUUGAAAACCUAGGCUCAGAAAAUCAAUAUAUUGUUACAGUAUUUUAAAGAUUAUGGGAAAUAAAUGGUAAAGAAUUAAGUUUUUAAUUUGGAUUAAGAAAACCUUAACUUAAACUCACAGUCAAAUAAGCCAAGAAGGGAAUUCUCAAUAAACUAAAGAAAAUGAAAAAGGGAGUUAACAAUUAUUUCAAUAGCAACUAUCAAGAUUAGCUGGUGCACGAAAGUCUAAAAAAUCUUACAAACAGUCAUCCUAAAUAAAAGCAUUAUGGAAUGUAGCUGCUUAUUGAUCGAUAGAUCAACAGACAGAUUAGUAGCUUUACAAAAGUUUAAGAAUUGAAUCUAUUAAUGUUUACUUGGAACUGUGCAGGUAAAGCUCCUCAUCAUAAAUUAGAUUUAAAUAAUCUCAUCUUACCUGAUGAUAAAGCUAAUCUUCCAGACCUAAUAGUAAUAGGUUUGUAAGAAAUUGUUAAAUUAAAUGCAAAAUCAGUGAUAGCAGGUAAAAAUAAGGAGAGAAAUUAGAUGUGGAUUGAUUUGAUUCAGAAGAAUUUGCAAGUUAGUGGUAACUACAGUCUCUUACAAACAAGGUCUAUGGUAGGUUGCUUUAUUCUACUCUUUGCUAAAAGUGAACACAAAAAUAGCAUUAAAAAUAUUAGAACAUCGAAAGUAAAAACUGGAUUUGGCGGAAAUGGAGGGAACAAAGGUUGCGUAAGUAUCAGAUUCCAUUUUAACGAGUCGAGUUUUGUCUUUAUGAAUUGUCAUUUGUCCAGUAAUUAAAAUAAAUACUAGUAAAGACUUGAUGAUUUAAAGCAGAUUAAACACAAACUUUUUGACUAGAAUGAAAAAUAUCACGACUAUCCAAUUAGGGCUCAUGAUUACACUUUCAUUUUGGGAGACUUGAAUUUUAGAAUAGAUAUGCCUCUAGAUGAUGUUAAAGCUAAUAUUGAGUAGUGCAACUAUGCAGAACUUUGGUAGUAUGAUUAGCUUCUUGUUGCCAAAUAAUCUGAUCCAAUCUUAAUGGGUUAUUCUGAAGGGGAAUUAAACUUUAAUCCUACUUACAAAUAUGAUGAUGAUUGUGAUGUUUAUGAUACUUCUAAAAAGCAAAGGAUUCCUGCAUGGUGUGACAGAGUUCUUUAUUAGAAGCCUCAUAAUGCUCAUAGUUAUAUUUAACUUAUGCAUUAUGGAAGAAAGGAAAGCUAUUUCUCUGACCAUAGACCAGUCUUUGCAUUAUUUAAAAUUCAUACAUUUACAUCAGACUAAGGAUUAAGAACAAGAUUAGAAGAGAGUAUCAUUGAUUAAAUACUCUCCUCGGAAUAUAUUCCUAAGUAACUUUAGAGCUCUGCUAUAGAAAAUAAACCAGUUGAAUACUUCAAUUUCAAUGAAUUAACAGAAACCUAAUAAGUGGACUAAAAUGUCUAGGAAUAUUUCGACUUUAAUGAACCAGAAGAUAAUGACGAGGAAGAAAAGGAUGAGGAAGAGGAGGAUACCUAGGCCAUUGAUGAUCUAAUAAGAGGAAAACCCUUUGAUAUUUAAAAAUAUGAGUAAGAUUAUUAGACUUACCAGUAAAACAACCAGUCAUCAGAUUUAAUAAGUUUCGAAGAUUUUAUUCAAAAUCACAAAGAAUAAAAAAUUGAGAAUAAGGGUGAGUACUUCUCAUUCUAAACUAAUGACCAAAAUAAUCCCAUUAAGAUAGAUGAAAGUGAACUUGACAUGUCUUCUAUGUCACAGCCAUCUCUUUUUAAAACCCAAAGCCAUUAGGUGAACAUCAGACAAUAGGAUUUACUUGAGUAUGAUGAAAACGGACUGGUCAAGAGUAAUAAAAAGGUGAUUAAUCAUUAGAUUCAAAAUAAGCCUAAAAAUUCUAUCAAUGAAAUCAGGAGAAAAACUGUAGUGUUUAAGCCAGAGGAUUUAGAACUGCUUGGUCCUAAAAAAGAAGAAUUUUUUGAAUUUGAAUGA